AUAGCAGUCCUUCUAAUGUUUCUUCUUCUCUGCCGCAGACUGAGCGCCAUGGCUCUCGAUGAGUUCAAAGCCGCAGUCUAUGAAGGGAGGCUGACAGAUGCGAUUUCUAAUGUGCAGCAGAGACCGCUGGAGUCGUUUAACAGCCACACCCUCAGCAUCGCCAUCACGGGGGAGUCGGGCUCCGGAAAGUCCUCCCUCAUCAACGCCAUGCGGGGGCUAUGUGCUGGUGAUGAAGGCGCUGCUGAAACUGGGAUGUUAGAUGCCAUGAGGGAGCCGAUGGUUUAUCCAGAUCCCAUCCUUCCAGGCGUCACGCUCUGGGACCUGCCAGGGGUGGGGACAUUCUAUUUCCCUCUAGACACCUACUGUGAGCGGCUCAAUUUGAGCCAAUACGAGUUCUUCAUCAUCGUCGGCUCCCAGCGCUUCUGCUCCGACCACGCCAGGCUGGUCCGUGAGAUCCAGAGAAUGGGCAAGAGGUUCUACUUUGUGCGCUCCAAAGCCGACGUGGACCUGGAUGCUUCCAGGAGGCAGCGUUCCUCCAGCUACAACCAGGAGAGGAUCCUGCAGCAGAUCAGGGAGGACUGCAGGAGAGGCGUAGCAGCUGAGGGAGUGGGCCACCCACAGGUUUUUGUCGUUUCAAGUAGGGAACCCAACUGCUACGAUUUUCCCCUCCUGCGACAAACUUUGCAGACGGAGCUGCCGAGCCUGAAGAGACACGCCUUCCUGCUUAGCCUGCCUGCUGUCGCCUCCCGCAUUGUCAACCAGAAGAAAGCCGACCUGAAGGGAGAGAUUUGGAAAACAGCCCUUUUCUUAUGUCUUCUCGCUGCCAUUCCUGUCCCAGGCAUCGCUUUCUUGUGCACCUUCUUUGGCUUCCGGAAACACCUGUUCCAACACUACAGCAGCUUUGGCGUGGACGACAGGUCCCUCUCUGCUCUCGCCCACCAGGUUGGGGAGCCCGUGCGGGAGCUGACGGCUGUGAUGACGUCCUUGGGAACGACCCCCAUGAUGGCUCUGAAGCUGUUGUUGGAUUCGGUGGGGGCUGCCGUGAUGGUAGCGGAAUAUUCGUGGAAGCGCCUCCCCGUAUUUGGUGCCAUGGUGUCAGGAGGGGUGGCGCUGGUUACCACGUACUUCAUGCUGCGGAAGUGUUUGGCCUCUGUAGCUGACGAUACCCAGCGGGUUCUGAGCAAAGCUCUGGAGGCCGAACGGGAAAACACCAUCUAGGAUUUGGUGUUGCAUUGGAUGAGCCUGCUGCUGUCUAGAAGACACAGUCUUGGACUUCAAGCAGGAAAGAUUCCUGCUUCUUCAUCCAGGAGUUGCAUGUGUAGGCCAAAAGCCUAACGAGAAGAAAUUGUCUUAAGUAAAAUUUUGCUUAUUUUGCCUUAUACUCCAUUUUGCUAGCUUUGAAUUAGUAUGAAGAAAUUAUUCUGAGUUUAUUUUUUGCUGAUUGUGUUAACAUUUGUUCUUCGAAAGACAGAUGUUUUAUGACUGUAAUUGCGUUAUUUACUGUUUGAUGUGAGUGAAGAAUGUAUGGUAAUUAACUGAGUCAGGACAACUGGGCCGGAUGGUCAAGAAGGGAGUGGAGGAGUCAAGAGGCACCAACUUUAUGAUCAAUCACCCGGAUGGCAGAUUUAUGACCCUAAAGCAAAGGCAUACGCCCCAAGGACAAGAUAAGGAGUUGAGCCAAAGGGAUGAGAAAGAAACAGCUGCAGAUCCUCCCGGUAACAACUCACAAUAAUGCUAAUUAAGAGCAACCUUGUAUACCUCGUGAUUGACAGCUCUGGUGUAACACAGGUAUGUCCAUAGACUUGUAUGGGAAUGUAUCGCUAUAAAAGAAGGGUGUAUUGCCAUGGGACUUUGGGUUCGUUCUGCAUCAACCUUGGAGCUUCGAAUGCAUUCAACAGCCCUGCUCCCCUCCCUCGUGUGCAGGUUCAGCUGGCCACUGGAACUGACCGAGCAACACUAAGGACUGGUAACUGUAAGAUCCAGCUGCAGAACCUUUUGUGUGUGUGUGUGUGUGUGUGUGUGAAUGGAAGCACAUGCUGAUUUUAAUACUUAAAUUGUACUCUCAAUAAACGCGGUGUAUUGCCCACCAUAAACCAUCUUGGGCGUCGUUGCACACAAGUCAAAGCGCCCAUAAUGAAUGAGACAGACUCAGUAACAGCUCAGUGCUCCUGAGGUUUUACCCCACAAGGAAUGAGGCAGCUUCCUUCUUCACAUUCAUACAACAAAAAUAAAAUUAUACUGAAUCCGGUUCUAUCAGCCUAGGUCCCGCUGGGCUCCUCCAUCCCUUCGGUAUCUGAACACCUUACAAACAUGAAUGGACUGGAUCCCCGCACUGGGGCAGAUCAGCUGUCAUUCCAUUGGAGUCAGUGGGGAAGAUCCCAGCUGGGGUCAAUGGGCCGUAGCUCCAUUGGAGUCAGUGGGGCCAGAUCCCAGCUGGGGCCGAUCAGCUGUAGCUCCGUUGCAGCUUAGAAGCUGAAGGCCUUGUCCUCAUGGGAAAGUUUUUCGGCAUAACCUAAGGUGUGAAUUUAAACCAAUAGAGUGAUCCUGGUGUAACCUUGUGUGUGGACGCUCUCACGCUGGCAGAAGAGUAGCUUUUUUCAGUUUCGUUUAUGUCACUUGGGAGGGGGUUUAAGCUGAACCGGAGAAUGUCACAGUUUCGUUUAUGUCACUUGGGGGGGGAGGGAUAGCUCAGUGGUUUGAGCACUGGCCUGCUAAACCCAGGGUUGUGAGUUCAAUCCUUGAGGGGGCCAUUUAGGGAUUUGGGGCAAAAAUUGGGAAUUGGUCCUGCUUUGAGCAGGGGGUUGGACUAGAUGACCUCCUGAGGUCCCUUCCAACCCUGAUAUUCUAUGAUUCUAUGAUUCUAAGAGCAUCCACGGGGUAGGGGGUUAGAGCCGUGGAUCCGGUAAACCUGGCCUUUGAAGACAAGGACUAAAAGCCUCAUUAGAAUCCUGCCCUGUGAAUCUGGUCAGUUGCAUUUAGCUGCAAUGCUGGGGCAGUGGGUUUGCUCUGUGUGUGGUUUUCCAUGCUGACCAGUAUCGUCUUGUUGUUUCCUUGCUCUUUUUCUUGGCCUGUUUGUUGAAUCUACCUAUUGCCAAUAGUCUUACACUUAGAUUGAAAGCUCUCCUGGGCGGGCCAGUCUUUGUGUUAUAUCUUCAUACAGCGCCUGGCACAAUGGGGCCCUGGUUUCUAUUUGCUACCGUAAUACAAACAACUCACAAUAAUUGGCCCGGUACCAUGUGCCAUCACCAUAUAAACAGGCUGACAGUCAAUAUCGAUUCUAAUCACGGCAUCUUGCGAUCAUGUGAUGCUUUAUUGACUCAUUCACUCCCUGCCACAGAUCAUGUUUAACUUAAUAACGUUGUUAGAUUCCAUACCUGCCAGGCAGCGCGUAUCCACGUUUACCUUCAUUCACUAAUCUCGGUAUUUGUUGCCUUUGGGUUCACAGUCACCGCGCUGGUUUAAUAAAGGUACAUUGAACACACGCCGCUGCCUGCAGCUUCCUGGGCAUCUCUGCUCAGGCUUCCCGCCCAGGGUAAGUGGAGGGACCCAGGCUCCCCCCAGCUGCCAGCGCAGCUCUCCCCAGCCUGGCUCUGGAGGCUGUGGGUGGGAGGGGGUCGGAGCCGCAGCCUGGCCACAGAAAGGGCCAGGUGGGGAGCUGUGUGGAGCUGCCGUGGACCCUCCACCUGCCUCUACCUGCUCUGGGUGGAUUAGAUGGGCCCCAGGGCAGUCCCCUUCCGGCUCUGCAAUCGAUGAAUCUGCGUUUUUCACCUGCAAAAGUUGUGGCUGAAAAGACUGGGCCCGGCUCUGGUUCCUCAGACUCUCCCUUGGCAUCAGUAGAAAUAGCCGGGCCUCAAUGCCGGUGUCCUCUGUUCCUCUGCGCCCAGCUGGGAUGGGGUCCGAGAAAACCGUGUGCUCCCCGUCUUCC